UCAGAACUAUUCUACAAGAGUCCAGCUCUUAUUUCCGAUACCUUAAAAAGUCUAUUUGCCAGUAUUAACAGGAAAGAAAACAUAUGGGAUAUCAAAAAGCUAGACUACAGUUCACAAAGUAAUAGCAUCCAUGUUGUGUACAAUUCAAAUAGUAACUUUAUUAAGGAAGCUUGCAAAUUCACUAGAAAGAAAGUAGAGAUUGGAACCGGGUUAGGUACAGCUGGAUUACCCAUGGGUGGGUCAGAUAUCCAGGUUGUGAUCGUAGCUACCCAGAUGGAUGUGGGUGGGUAA